AUGAACGAAGUCGACGAGGAUGCAUCGCAGAGAGACAAGACAGAACAGCGUGCAAGAGCUCGCUUCGCUAUGUCGACUAGUCUACUUGCAGGCUCUCAACAGGAGCCAAUAGAAUCGAAAGCAAAAUUGCUAGGGAGACAGAUUCAUCUGAUUGACGCACAUGGCAGCCUCGUCCGGUUUCCUGAGGGAAAAGCAGACGUGCAAGAAAGAACAAGGGCAGGCAAGGGAUUCGAAAUCGCUUUCAAGACCAUUCGGAGAGACAAUGAAAGCUCUUACGAUCCGGAGACUCAGCUGAACCCUUUGAAGCUCAUCGAACAAAGGAAGCUACGGCAAGAGGCGGUAGAGGCCAGUCGCGAAGUGUUGCAAAACAUCAUCGACAGUGCGCUGAAUGGUGGAAGGAAAAUCAAUUCUGAAUCCAUACAGUCACAACUUGUCAAGAGAAUCCGGCGGUACAAACCGAACAGGGAGAGAUUUCAAUCGAGAGCGCUUUAUUGCCUGGAUCUGCAAUCUCCUGUAAGGUUGUGUGCAAUCGCUAUAGUAGAAAGCAAGAUCUUUCAUGGGGUAGUCACUUUCUUCAUUUUUCUGAGCACCCUGAUCUUGGCCUUCAACGACCCCCUGAAAGCCACAUACUUUCCAGUCUCAUCCACCACAAAGCUUGAAACGUCUGACUACUUCAAUUUCCUGUGCACUUUCUUCUUUCUUUUCGAGUUGGUUCUGAAAAUCCUCGCACAUGGGCUGGUGCUGGGUGGGAAAACUUACCUUGCAGAUGGCUGGAAUGUAUCUUCAGUGGUGAACUCCAUGGUCGCUGUUACUUGGUUAACGACGGAGAACUGGCGCAAGGGUAUGAAAGGCCGUGUGCUGUAUUCAGUGGGACUAGUGCUCUCUAUCAUUGCCCGAACUCAGCGUCCUGCUCCAAUUGCUGGUCGUGCCUGCCCACCCCUGCGGUGGGGGGAUGUCAUGAACGAUCUGAUGGACUCAAAUUCCCAAGAGCAAGUGCUAAUCUUUCUCUUCUACAUCAUGAUCGGGCCGCUGUUUCUCAGACAAGCCCUGAUUGCUGUCCUAGCUCAUCGGCUGGAAAACAUGAGGAAUCAGGCGCUGGCAGCCAACGUGAACCGAAUCGUGUCGAGGUGGAAAAACAUCCGAACAACGGCUCUGCCGUUUCAGCUUUGGGUUGCAAACACACACGAGAAGACGCAGCAGAACUACAAGCGCUACCUUGCGAGCCUGGGCGACAAGCAGGCGGUUGCAUCAAAGACAGCGCGGAGGUUGAAGAAUCAGCUCCUGUUUCGUUCAUGGAACAAAUGGUAUGAGACUACAAUCUUCUCCAUGGUCGUGGGCGAGUAUGCAGACAACAUAUUGGAAGUCGACGAAUACCAGGAGGAGCAGAAAAUCUCCGUGUUACAACGGCACUCGAGGUCAAGCGCGGUUGGCAGGUUGUGGAAGUCUACGAGCCAAUACUUCAGAUUCUCUGCUGUCUUGCAGAUUGGACAAGUGGCGUUGGCCUUCUGCUUCUGUGUGGAGAUGGUGGUGAAGAUCGUUGGGUUUGGUCCGAAGAAAUAUCUGAGAAAGUGGCUGAACCUACUGGAUGCUGUUGUCGUCAUUACUUCCAUGGUGGACUUCACUUCGUCAGUCAAGCAGUUCAACUGUCUUCAACAUGCUGACGGCACUGACCCCUUUGCUUGCAACGACAAGAACAUUGCUGGUAAAGUGUUCCGCACCCUCAGGCUAAUCCGCUUGGUCAAGUUGAGACGGAUGUUUCCGAGCCUGACAAAGCAAGUCAUCGCAGCUGCCAAGUGCUUCAAGUCCUUCCUCGCCAUGUGCGGCAUCCUUGUUAUCACCCUCUUCUGCUUCGCUGUCCUCGGCAUGGACUUGUUGGGAGGAAGGCUCUAUCGCCGUGACGUCCAGAGGUCUGAUCUCGGCCUCAACUCCCUCGUCUUCCUCCGUUGGCCCUCCUACUCCUUCCUCUCCAGCAUCCCCGGCGUCCCCUCGUACGUGGUCGGCCUGGACGCGACCAAGGAGAGCAACAGGUUCCUCUUGAAGCCGCUCUACGGGGACGCGUGGAAGGAGAGGCUGGAAAGCAAUGGAGUGUCCUCAGGGAUCUUCCAUGGACGGCUCAACAGCAGCAGCCUUAACGAAAAUCUCCUGCUUGACGACUGCUCGACAAACCUCGCAGCGCCAUCGUGUGACCUUCUGUUGUGGUCUGAUGUGAUAGACAACGUACCCACUGGUCGGCCCUUCAUCUCCGCCAUCGCCCUCCGAUCCUCCUUUGACAACUUCGGCCUGUCGUGCCUGACUGUCCUCCAGCUCUUCACCAGGUCAGACUGGUACGACCUGAUGUCAACAGCGGUCGAGAUCAACGGCUGGGGGAUCUCUGCCUACUUUUUCCUCGUGAUCCUGGUCGGGAGCUUCGUUCUGCUUGACACCAUGACCGCCAUCGUCAUCGUUGACUUCGGCAGUCACGCGUACUCGUCUGAGGAGGUGAAGGGAGAAGGACAAGAGGCCGAUGGGAGAGUGAGGGAGUUCAUCCGAGACAAAUCUUGUGCUUUGAUGCGCCACAGGCUGCGACUGCAAAUGCUGACGAUGAUCAGUGACGAUCGAUGGCAGAAGAGGUACAACAGCCUACAGAUCCUGGCGAUAGUCUCGGAGAAGGGAGACGAGGCUGUGAUAGAUGUUCUCCUCUCCAAGGUCGAAGACUCUCACGCUACCAUACGUGCCAAGGCCGUCGAGACUUUGGGCAGCCUCGUGCCCGUGGAGCUCAGUGAAGCCUUCCCGGAGGCCUCGCUCAAGGCCCGGCAGCUCCUGCACGACCCGUCGAGGUUCGUGCGCGAGAGCGCAGCAAAGGUUCUCUCCGAGGUGUGCCAGCACGACAACCCGUCUGUGCUGAAAGACCUGGUGGACGCGAGCUCGGACCCGGAUCCUUCUGUGCGAGCCGCCGCCAUCACCUCCCUCGGGGUGCUCGCGAGCCCUGGAGACUCGUUUGUGAUCGACUCGAUCAUCAAGAGGACGCACGACGCGGACUCGGAGACGAUUGAGGUGCUUCAGGCUUGCUUUGCGACGCUGAAGCAGCUGGAAGCGGAGGCGAUCUUGCAGCAGCGAGGGAUAGGGAACCGAAAGGCAAAGAAGCGAGUGGCGGAAGCCGAGUUCAAGGAGAACGUUCUUGAGAAAGCAAGGCAGUUCCAAAACUUCCUGUGGGAGAAAGCAUACAAGUCUCAAACAGCUGCGUGGAAGAAGAAGGAGCAGAAGAAACAGGCAAAGAUGGUGCGGCUGAUGCUUGCUGCCCAGAAAGAGCACUUGUUCGACGACGAGUCCACGUUCCGGAAUACUCCGGAAUUCAGAAGACUGCGAUAUACUUUGGCUGCGUCUCAGGUUCAAACUGUGAUAAAGAGCUUGGAGGCAGAGAUAGCAACAUUGAACGAACAAGCCAAGGAGGUUCGACGAAACCAGCAAAGUCAUCAGUGGUACCUAGCGGAAGUUCGCAGACUGCAACAACGAAAGCAGGCGCUGGAAGAGCAUCUGUACAUCCUCGAACUACCUGACUCCUUGUACUUCCUGCCUCCCUUGCACCCGUUCCGAAAGCUCGUUCGGAGGUUGAUAUGGAACCGACACUUCAAUCGGCUCAUUGCCUUCUGUACCUUGGCCUCCUGCAUUCUUCUGUCGCUCGAGAGGCCGGGAAUACAGCCGAACGAGCGACUCUUUCUCGAUACUUCCAACACAGUUCUCAACUUCAUCUUCGCGUUUGAAUUCCUCGCAAAGGUGAUUGUCCUAUCUGCUGAAUCUUACUUCAAAGAGGACUGGAACAGACUCGACUUCGUCAUUGUUUGCACGGCUAUGUUAGACGAGAUCUUGUCUCGCAGCGGGGCAGUGCAGGGCACCGGCGCGUUCAAAGUCCUGAGGCUUCUUCGAGGGUUGCGGCCACUGAGAGCCUUGAAACAUCUCAAGGGCCUGUCGCUGCUCUUCUCUGCCCUCUCAGAAGCUCUUUACCCUCUCCUCAUCACCUCCGUCAUCUUGUUCGCUUUUCUCUCCAUCCCUGCCAUAGUCGGCAUGCAGUUCCUCAACGGGCAAGUGGUGUACUGCUCCGACCCCUCUGUGUUGGAGUACUCCGAGUGCCGGGGCCUGGACGGGACGGGGGAAACGAGACACUGGCAGUCGAGAAGUUACUCUUUCGACUGGUACGGAGACGCGAUCCUCACCAUGUACGUCAUUGGGACUCUCGACACGGGAUGGCAGCAGAUCAUGUUCUACACCGUCGACUCGACAGGAGUCACCACUGGACCCUACAAUUGGUACAGCCCUGCGAUGAUGCUGUUGUCGGUCGUGACAAUCAUCAUGGUCGGCUUCUUCAUCAUGCGCUUGUUCACGGCCAUCUUUGUCAAAUCCUACUCGAUCGCCCUCAGAGAAACUCAGAUGAAGGAGCGUCUCGCUAUGAUAGAGACCCAAGACUUCUCGCGCAAGAAGAUCAAGAGGAUAGCUCUCCCUGUCAUCUUCGGCACUUCCUCCAUCCGUCGGCAGAUCGUCAACCAGAUUCUCAAUCAUCCCGUAAUGGAAGCUUUCACAACUCUAGUGGUGAUCGCGCAGAUCGUUGCUCUCUCCGCAACGAGUUACAAGAUGUCGACGAGCCAACAGGACCUCGCCACGGGCCUCAACUCCUUCUGCGGUCAAGUCUUCGCAGUGAUGACGGCGAUGGAGCUCUACGCCACCCACCUCUCUCGCUUCACCCUCGACAAAUGGUCUCUCCUCGAGUGGGGCAUCGUCAUCGUCUUCUUCAUCAACACAGGAAUCGAGUCGCUGGGUACACAAUCCAUCAUCCUUAACGCCAACCUCGCUCGCAUUUUCCGACUUCUCCGCAUUAUCCGCCUGAUCCGAGCAUCCAAGCGAGUUUCGAUCCCCAAGAGUCUUCGACAAGUGCUGAAAGGGAUUGUCAAGUCGAGGGUCACGAUCAUGCACCUCGGCGCACUCCUCCUCCUCCUCUUCUUCUGCAUCGGGGUGAUUUGUAUCUCCUUCAUGGGGAACAUGUGCGUCCAAGGAGACGAGAUCCAUCAGUUCAGAUGUAGAAUGCUCCAACCCCAGCUCCUCCUCCCGUACACUGCUUCCUUCCGGAACCUCGGGGUUGCGUUCCUGACCCUCUUCCGCAUGGCGAGCGGAGAUUCCUGGUCUCCUCUGCUCAAGAUGUACGGGACCUCCUCUGCGCUCUACCCUCGCAAGGAAGGCUACCUUGAAGCGGCCAAGGAGCUUCUUGCUCAGUGCAGGACGGCCAAGGACACGCUUGAGCAAGAGGUCUAUCUUGUUAAGCUCCGACAUCUGUUUCAAGGCUGCGUGACCGGGACAGAGCUGCAGAUGAUCGCCGACGGCUCCUUGAUCUCAUGCUCACGGUCGACAGACUGCGACUCUACCUGCGGAUCUAUGACGGCCUACGCUUUCAUCCCUCUCUUCAUCGCCAUCGCAAACUUCGUCGUCAUCAACCUCGUUGUCUCUGUCAUCAUGUCUCAGAUUGGCUACGGCCUGACCAAAAACAUCGCCAUCGUGCCUGGCACAGCCAAUCUUACCUACCUUCAGUUUGCCAACAUCUGGAAAGUUUGGUGCGUCAAGGUCCGACGCAAGACGAGCUUCCUGGCCGAGGCUGAGCGCAGGAAGUCAAUGCUCAAGUCGCUGUCACGGAGAGGGUCACGACGUGCGAGCUCCCUUACACGGAUGUACGACAGCACCACAGACCUCAAGUCCUUGGUGGAUCCGCCGGAGACGACGGGCAACCAUGUCAAGGAUGGCACCAGCAACGAGCAAGAGCACACGGCAGGAGGGGGAGGCGAGCAGGAGAGAAGGGGGAAGGAGAAGAAGUCGCUCAUCCGGGGAGGAGACGACAGCUCCAAGUCAAGGGAAAGACUGAAAGGGAACGGGUUGAAACCGCCGGCUCCUCAAGACGUCACUUCAGACGUCCGAUCUGAAACUCCCGUCUCGAAGCAUGGCAGGCUCCGCACCUCUCGAACUUCGACCUCUCAGGAGGGGAGGAGGGCGCGUUCCAAAGAGGAAGGGGAGGAGAGGAGCGAUAAGACAGCGUCACAUCAAUUGGAACGAAGUGAAGCAGGAGAUGUCACGUCUCGAACUGCUGCAAGACGGAGGGACGUGGACAAGCUGUCCAGCAUCUCCAGCACUAGGAUGAGCGCUUCUUCCCAUGCCUCUGAGGACAACACCAAGUUUGCAAGACGUCAGGACAGAGAGCCAAAGAAGGAGAGAAGACAUGGCAAGGAGAUCAAUGAGGAGAGAAGACAGCGCUCGAACAUCACAGCAAAGCGGCGCGAGCAGGCUGAAAUGAAGAAUGAGGAAACCAAUAGGCAGCAGGGAGCACGACAUCAUGGCGGUCGUUCAGACCAUGAAUCCCGGAGAGCACGAGCAAGGAAAGAAGUGCAGGACGGCGACAACAGGAGAGGAGUCUCGGGCAGAGACAAGCUAGUAGCUGGAGCUGUCAAGCAUGAUGUCAGGGCAGACCUUGUUCUGAGGCUCGACCAGACGCCGAAAGCAGACGUGUAA